AUGGCUGAGGCAUUCGACGAUCUCGUUAGGGAAAAUGUGGAAGAUCUUGGAAUGGAACCUUCCGAAGCUCUCGAAGACGCUCUCUACACACUCAAGCUUCAAGGCGUCGAUCUCUCCGGGAUCAUUACUUGUGUCCCAGGAGAAAGUACCGUUAAGGACAAUCCUGUGAUUGCGUGUUUAGAUAGACUAAAGGAACUCGAUAGUGUUUCUAAAGUCGGACUACUUGGAGAUGAUGAUGAUUUGGAUGAGGUUUCGAGUUUGUUCGCCAAGCUCAACGAGCUUUGUAGCAGCCAGGAAUCAGGGAACGCGGCGAUUGCUACAAAACACGGUGCUGUGGAAUUAACAUGCUCCAUCUGUUCCAAAAUCAAGACAGACACCAGAAGUAAUGCCAUUGUUGUUCCUUGUUUGAAAGCUUUGGCUGUUUUGAUCCAUGACAUUCAGAGCACGGAGGCAUUCAGGAAUGCUUCUGGACCAAGGAUUGUUGUUGAUCUCUUAAGGGACCCCAGAUCCGAUUCUGAUUCAUUAGAUGCUGGUUUUGCCGUUGUUGCUGCUGCUGCAACUGGUAAUGAAGUCGUCAAAGAGUCAUUCAUGGAACUGAAAAUUGAUGAGCUUAUUCUGAAAGUGCUGAAUAGAGAGAGUAAAACCACCAUUCAAGCUUUGUAUGACGCAAUUCGUGUUAUUUUGACGCCUGAUGACAACCGUGUGGUUGCUUCCCAAGUAUAUGGUUAUGCACGGACUUUUGCCAAAUUAGGAAUUGCAACAGCUCUCACCGAAGCAUUACAGGCAGGGAUUGGCUCUGAUAGCUUGGUGUCAGCAAGCAUUGCGUUAAAAUCCAUUGCUGUAAAUGAUGAUAUAUGCAAAUCUAUCGCUGAAACUGGGGGGAUAGAUACACUUCUUCGGUGUGUUGAUGAUAGCGGUGAACAAGGCAACAAAACUGCUGCUAAGACCUGCUGUUCGUUGUUGUCUAAGUUGGCUGGAAGUGACUCUAACAAGAGUACCAUAGUCGAGAAGCGAGGUCUCGACAAGCUAAUCAAACUCGCUCAACGAUUCUCGGACGAUCCUCUAGUCAUACAAGAGAUGCUUGUGGCUACAGGCCAGUGUUACACUAGAAUAGAUAAGAACGUGAUGUCGAUAAUCUCUAUAAUCUGUCUGAGAUCACCGGACCACGCUGCCAGUGCCAUAGAAGCUGGAGCUGGUGAUCUGGCGGUCAAGGCUAUGAAGAGGUUUCCAACAGCGGCUCAAAUGCAGAGAAACGCUUGCAACAUGAUACGGAAUAUUGCUGUAAGAAAUGCAGAGAACAGGACUAUUCUGCUUGCCAGUGGAAUCGAGAAGCUGAUAAGGACUGCUAAGGCCAACAAUGAGAUAUGCAGAGCCUCUGCAACUGAUGCAUUGAGAGACCUUGGCCUUGAUAACUACAAUAGCUAA